GCCCCCUCGCCUUACGGGCUCGCUCCCGUGAGGGCGCUGAGAACGCGCGUGCUCCUCGGGCUGUGAGUGCGCAGGCGCUUUCUCUGGUUCUCUGUGGGCGCCAAUUCUGGAGACCAGAGGCUGGCUACAAAGACAUAGUCAAGUUUUCAUUGUUUUGAAGCCAAGUAUCAGUAAAAUCCUCUCAAGCUCCCAACUGCAGGGAUGUGGCAUUGCUCUGAAGAAGGAGACAAGUGACUGACUUUGGAGGAAGCACUGUAGCCCUGGCUUUUGUUUUCCUCCCUGAGUUUGAAGAGCUAUGGAGAGCUGGACCUGGAUGACAGUCGUGGUCUUACUUGGACUCACGGUGCGGUGGACGGUUUCUCUCAAUUCUUACUCAGGUGCUGGAAAACCGCCUAUGUUUGGUGAUUAUGAAGCUCAGAGACACUGGCAAGAAAUUACCCUUAACUUACCAGUCAAACAAUGGUUCCAGGGAUCAAAUCCAGGCUGGCAGGCUUUGUACAAGCACUUUCACCUAUGGAGACACCCCGCCAAGCCCUAAGCUACGAUCUGAUACAAGAACCUGUGUGUCUUGGCAACCCUCUGGAUGGAGAUCAGCUGAAAACAGCAGCAUGAGCAGACAGUGUCUUCGCUGUUUCCUCAUCUGUACUUUUUUCUCUAACGCUUACCGUGACAUCAGCUCUAGGUAUUUUAACAGUAGUGAUAACAAUUUACAGUACUGGGGAUUGGAUUACCCACCUCUUACGGCCUAUCACAGUCUCUUAUGUGCAUAUGUGGCAAAGUUUAUAAACCCAGACUGGGUUGCUCUCCACACAUCACGAGGCUAUGAGAGUCAGGCACACAAGCUCUUCAUGCGUACCACAGUUCUCGCUGCUGAUUUGCUCAUUUAUAUACCCGCAGUGCUUUUGUACUGUUACUCCUUAAAAGAAAUCUCACCUAAGAGAAAGAUCGCCAGCGCGCUAUGCAUAUUGCUGUACCCAGGUCUCAUUCUUAUCGACUAUGGACAUUUUCAGUAUAAUUCUGUGAGUCUUGGCUUUGCUCUGUGGGGUGUUCUUGGAGUGUCUUGUGACUGGGACCUGCUAGGGUCAUUGGCCUUUUGCUUAGCUCUAAAUUAUAAACAGAUGGAGCUUUACCACUCCCUACCAUUUUUUUGCUUUUUACUUGGCAAAUGUUUUAAAAAAGGCCUCAGAGGAAAGGGGUCUGCAUUGUUCAUUAGGAUAGCCUGUACUGUCGUGGCCUCCUUCCUUCUGUGUUGGCUGCCGUUCUUGACAGAAAGGGAGCAUGCCCUGCAGGUCGUGAGAAGACUCUUCCCUGUUGAUCGCGGAUUGUUUGAGGAUAAAGUAGCCAAUAUUUGGUGCAGCCUUAAUGUUUUUCUGAAGAUUAAAGACAUUUUGCCUCGUCACAUCCAGAUAGCAAUCAGCUUUUGCUUCACAUUUUUGAGCUUGCUUCCUGCAUGCAUAAAGUUGACAGUUCAGCCCUCUGCUAAAGGAUUCAGAUUCACUCUGGUUAGCUGUGCACUAUCAUUCUUUCUGUUUUCUUUCCAAGUACACGAGAAGUCCAUUCUCUUGGUAUCACUACCAGUCUGCUUAGUUUUAACUGAAAUUCCUUUCAUGUCAACUUGGUUUUUACUAGUUUCAACGUUUAGCAUGCUGCCUCUUCUAUUAAAGGACCAACUCCUGCUGCCCUCGGUUGUGACAGUGAUGGCGUUUUUAAUAGCUUGUUCCACCUUCUUCCCAAUGUUUGAAAACACUUCUGAGGAACAACUGCAGCUGAAGUCCUUUGCCGUCUCUGUGAGGAGGCACCUUCCGGGCUUCACGUUUCUUCCCAGAAUUAUACAGUGUUUGUUUCUUUCUUCAGUCAUCACCAUGAUCCUUCUGACGAUUUUGAGUGUAACACUGGACCCUCCUCAGAAAUUACCAGACUUGUUUUCUGUACUUAUAUGUUUUGUGUCCUGUGUAAACUUUGUAUUCUUCUUGGUAUAUUUUAACAUUGUAAUCAUGUGGGAUUCCAAAAAUGGAAGAAAUCGUAAGAAAAUUGACUAGCUAUAUUCCCAAGCAAAUGCAAUCUUUUUGUUUAUGUAUAAUUGAACAACAUAUCUUUAGAAUCAUGGAAUUAAAGGAAGAGAAAUGGUGAAAGGCAUUGUUAUUUACAGAAAAUGUACACAGGACCAAAGCAUUUGUUUUCCAAGUAUGUUUUUGGUUAGUAUAUUUUGGUAAUAUUCACAGAUAUUUAAAUAGUAAAAUAAGAGCAAAAAAUGUCCCAGCUGGUUGUAGUAGCUCACAUUUGCAAUCCCAGGGGUGCCUCGAGUUCAAGGUCAUCCUUGGUUAUACAUAGCAAGUUUGAGGCUAUCUUAGGCUUCGUGAGACCCCUGUCUCAACACAAGGGGAAGAGAAAAAAAAUGUCCUUAACGCCAAUAUUUAGUAAUGGAAUGUAUUCUAAAAAUUGUAACUUUAAAAAACUAUAUAUUUUAUAUAUAGGCUAGCCUGAGCUACAUGAAAUCCUGUUUUAAAAAACAAAACAAAGUCAGACAAAGUAUGCUUUAAUAAAUUUAAAAUGAAUUUAUUGGAAGAAUUAAGCACCUGACUUGUUUGGAUACAAGUGAUAAGCAUCUCGUUUAGAAGUCGCAUCUCUGGGCUGGAGAGAUGGCUCAGUGGUUAAGAGCACCAGCUGUUCUUCCAGAGGACCUGAGUUCAAUUCCCAGCAACCACAUGGUGGCUCAUAACCAGCUGUAAUGGGAUCUGGUGCCCUCUUCUGGUGUGCAUGAAGAUGUCAUACUGAUAUGCACAAAAUAUAUGUAUAUAUGUGUUUGUAUACAUAAAAUAGAUCUUUAGAAGUAUCUCAGGGAAUUACCAUUUUUCUUAAUUACUGAGAAGGCACGUUAUGCUGUUUGAAAUUUGAAUUGCAUUAUUGCAUAUUCAAAAUUGGGUGCUUAUAGAUUAAGUGGUAUUUUUAUUUCUAAGAAUGUAGACCCUCUUGAUGCCAUUUUUUAAAAAGAACUUUUAUUGAAUAAAUUAAAAAGUUUGAAGUCUUUUUAGGUACUCAUGGUAAUUAGUUCUAAAUUUCUAGAGUCAUUCUAAAUUAAAACUAUCUUAUCAAGGACUCCAUUUCCCUUUCUGAUACCUUGUUUCAGGUUUCCACUGAUGUAACUGUGUAUUCAGAUCAUGUCGAACACAGGCUUUGUCCUAUUGUAGGGUUAUCCCUUCACCCAUAUCAGCUGGUAAAAUGAAUGCAUUGUGUUUUACUUUCACAGGAAAGCUACUUCUUUAGUCUCUGACAAAAAUUAAAGUCACUUUACCACUA